AUGGUGCCGCAAGGGCCGCUGAAGCGGCUAUCCACGCGGCGGCUGGUGGCGCUGGCGGUGGAGCGGGCGGGGGAGGUGAAGUUGCGGGAAGCGCAGGAGGUUCUAGAAGCGGCGCUACUCCGCCUCGCUCGCGCGGAAUACGACUGGCUCGUGGCGACUAUUCAGACGGUCUCCGCAUCUGUAGCCGCUACAGCCGCCGCCGCAGCUGUAGCAGCCGCGGAAGCGCGACGUCGCGCGCGGAGGAAGGCGCGGGGGGAAGGGGAAGGGGAGAGCGCUUUCGGAGGGUUUGAUUUCGCGGGCUUGAGUGCGCUGGCGUUCGGUGGAGCAGGCGCGACCGAGCAAACCCUAGCGCACGUAGGCCCGUUGCCUCCGGUAGGGUUGGAUCCGUUACAAGUAGAAGAAGUGUUUGUAUUGGGGCUGGCUAUGUGGGUGGAGUUUUGGAAGGAGUGGGGGAAGCCGCCUGUGCAGCACGGGGCAGGCGGAACUGGAUUAGGUGUCACUGGCGGAGGAGUGGGCGCAGGCAGAAGGGGCAGCGGCGGCGGAAGCGGGCUCGAGGGCCAUGGCGGACUGGGGCUGGAGUCCCCCGUCGGGGGAGGGGGAACAGGCGGGGGAAACGGGGGGAUCUGGAGUCCGGUCAAGGAGGAAAGUUUCGUUUCAGGAUUCGGGAAUCAUGAAGUGGGGGCGGGGAUUAGCGGAGGGGGUACUGGGGGCUUUCGUAGCGCAACUGCUGCCUCGGGGCCUGGCUCGGCCGGACCUGUCAGCUUGGCUCCUGGCUUGGUAGCGGGGACUAUGGCAGCAGGGCCGGGAGGCUCGGUGAUGGCAGAGGAGGAAGUUCCGAACCCAGCACCGCUCCAUGUGGAUGUGGUUCGAUUGUUAGGCUUGGCAGCAGCUGCGGCGGGCCACCAGCCUGCCACCGCAGCUGUCUGCGUGCUCCGGCUGCUGGACAGGCUCGGGAAGCAGGACUGGGAGGCUCGGUACGGCAAGAAGCUGGAGGCUCGGCACGGCAGGCCCGGCGGCCGAGGCGAUCACGGAGGCUCGGAUUCCGACGAAGGGGAGGAGGAUUCGGAGGAUGAUGAUGAGGAGUCGCUUAGUCCUGGGAGUAUGGCUAGUGGGUGGACCAACGGAACAGGCCCUCGGAGCAGAACGGAGGGGGGGUUCGGCCCUGGGGGGAGCAGAACAGGGGGGAGCCGCGCAGGCGGGGGGAGCAGAGCCGGGGGGAGCAGGGCGGGGGGAAGGAGCGGGUGUGGGGACGGGGCAGGGUCGACGGCCACGGGAGGGGCGGUGGCGGAAUGGGAGAACGCGAGUGAAGCGCAGGAGUGCCGGGAGUUUGUGCUGCAGUGUCUGUUAGAUAUGGUAGAUGCGGUUGCUCUCAAGUGCCAGAUUAGGAAGCGACCGGGUGCGAGCUAUGCUGCAGGUUAUGAUGGUGGGUAUGGUGGUGGUUAUGGUGGUGGGUAUGGUGGUGGUUAUGGUGGUGGGUAUGGUGGAAAUGCGGGGUUUGGGGGGUAUGGGGAUGCUGUGGCUGCGCCUACCCCCACGGGGCAGGUGUCGUUUAUCAAGUCGUUUGGGGGAGACGAGGAUUUCGCUGCUCUUCUAGCUGGCUCUGCUGGUGGCGGAAUCAUGGGACUCUCUGGCGCUGCUGGUACUGGGGCUAUGGGUCAUUCCCCUACCGGCAACAAGCGGUCGCAGUGGGGAAUUGGGGGGGACGUGCAGGGGGGGAUUGGAGAGGGCCGGACCGGGAAUGCGCCCGUCCGGGCAGAAAAAGAAGCAUCGCAGGCAGAGGAGUUUCGUGAGUGCCUGCCCGAUUCCCGUCGUGCCUCCACCAUCCAAAGCCCGCUUCGGCAAUUAGAUGGAGUGUUGGUGUCUUCCUCUGCUGGAGGUCCGGGGCUUUUGGUUCUCCUCAUAGCUACCGAGGCGGCUCGGUUGCCGAACCUAGCCCCGGACGACCUCUGGCUGCUGGCAGACCGGUCCGAGGAGCUUAGGCUCGGCGAGGCUUCGGUUCGGAUCCGCAUCCGAGCCUGUGCUUCGACGUAUGAUGACCCUGAGGGGGUGAGGGAGACGGUUCGGCUGGCUUUGGUGCCUAAUGGUGCCGAACCUGUUCCGAAGCGGAUUGCCAGGCUUCUAGCAGCUGCUAGUGUAGCGAGUGACGCAGAGCGGGUGGAGGAGGAGCGGAGGGAGAGGAGGGCGGAGAGGAGGAGGGAGAGGGCUGCGAGGAAAGAGGAGGCGGUGGCGCGGUGGGCGAGGGAGGUGGAGUAUCCCGAGGUGGAGGUGGGUUGGGCGCAGUGGAAGGCGAUUGGGAGUCUGCUGGAGGAGGAGAGAAGGGAGCACCGUGCACUGGUGCCCAUGUGGGCGAAGGCCGUGAGAGGAAGCUUCAAGGCUAUUCUACAAGACACCACUCCCCCAGACCCUUUCCUGCUCGAGCUAUUCGACUGGGGCCUGGAGGGCCUCCUCAUCUCCUUCGCCUCCACUGCUGACCCCCGCCAACACCUGCACCGCCACCGCCGCUCCUCCUCUUCCUCCUCCUCCUCCUCUUCCCCCUAUUCCGCCUUCAAAUCCCAAGGCCAGUCCCAGUCAGGAUCCCACUCCCGCUCCUCCUCCUCGUCCGCCCUCUCCCCUGCACAAUCACCUUCCAAAUCCCAUCCAACCACUCACUCUACCCCCUCCGCUGCCAAGAAGCCUCCACUUUCCUCCUCCCCUGCUUCCGCCUCCUCCCCGUCCUCCUCCUCCUCUCCUCGCACUCCCUCUCACAAACCCGCAAUCCCCCCGCCCCGCCUCUUCCCCCAAGCCUCUGCCGCAGCCUCUCGUGCUCGCAUGCUCAUCGGCUGUAGCGCGUGGAUCGACCAGGUUGUAGCCGUGGUCUGCCCGAAAGAAAAAGAAGUGGCAGAGCUGUUAAUGGCUGUCGCGACAAGAAUGGCUGCCCGGGUGUUCUAUAGGUGGCCCAGGCAUACGGAUAACGUGCGGUUUAUUGCGAGACUGCUGCUGUAUGUGCAUCGGCAGGGGAUCGGGGGCAUGGGGGAGGAGCUGAGGGAGAGGGCGGUGAAGAUCAGCCGGCAGCUGUGGGGGUGGAGUUUGCCGAGCUUUGCUUCGAUCCGCAUGCAGUGUGAGACGGAUGAGGAAGCACACGAGAUCAUGCUCAGUGCUAUUGUUGCCACGUGGAAGGGUUUUGCCACGUAG